AUUAUCGAGGCCAUGACCUUAGCUGGGGUCUGCGUUGUGAGGAACUUAUUCACUAAGUCCCUGGUUGAUCAGGUACUCAAGGAUUUCGAGCCUCACGUGUCGUCCACUAAACUAUUUGACGGCUACCCCGGCAAUGGCUGCCAUCUGACAGGAUUGCUCAGCAAAUCGGAGAUCUAUGCCCAUAUGGUUGUGGGAAACAGCGUGUUUGAGAAAGUUCGGAACCACUUUCUCAGUACCACCUUUCGGUCAUGGAUAGGUGGGAAGAUGAUGACAUUCACCAGUCCCCCCCAGCUCGACUCUACUAUCUGCUCCUACAUCAACCCACAGUCACCCGGUGAGCAUCUACACCGCGAUGACGCGAUUCAUUACGGCUGGAAUGAGGCAGCGAGUGAGUACACAGUCGGCCGAGACAUAAGCAUGUCCAUGUUUCUCGCUUUAACGGAAUCCACGCGAGAGAAUGGCACAACUCGAUUUUUCCCAGGAAGUCAUCUGUGGGACUACAGCCAAGAUUUUCCAAGUGCUGAUGACACUCGGAUUCGUUACGCUGAACUGCAUCCUGGCGACUGUUACUUCAUGCUCAGCAGCGUAACUCAUAGCAGUACCGACAACCGGAGUACCAAUCGACCACGAGUUCUCGCAGCGACGAUUGUCACUCGGAGCCACCUGCGGCAAGAGGAGAACCAAUAUCUCACAUAUGACCCGAUAACAGUCGGAAGGUUUCCCACGUGGCUCCAGAGGCUCGUGGGCUACGCGCCAUCAGCACCAUUCCUCGGUUGGGUGGACAAGCGGGAUCCUCGA